AUGGCAGAGGAUGGAGGAGUAAUCAUCGAACUUAAAGAAAACAAAAGUGCAAAUGGUGGAGAUCAUACGUACCAAGCAAGUACUAUCGGUGGUAAUAACGUUAAAAUUACCGUGAGAAAAUCUGAAGAACCUAGUGGAUCUGACUUCUACAGGUAUACUCAUACUCUGCAGAAUGGAGGAGGACAAUUCAUACUAAAGGAAGUUAAAGAUGAUAAGAAUAGCCCUAUAGUUAUACCUAAAGAAUCCGAUAAAAAGGUAACCUCGGUCUCUGCCUAUUAUUGGAAGCAUGACAAUGGUACUAAUCCACCUACUAAGGUUCUAUUGGUGGAAGUAGCAUAUAGUGGAUCAGAUGGAACUAAGUAUUAUAAGAAUAGUGAAGGUACUCAAUGGAUUGAAACAUCCCUAGAUGGUGAGGAUAUCGAAAAGAAACUGGACGAACUUAACUGUUACAACAACGGUGCAGUUACCCUAGAUCUUACCAAAGACGCAUACGGACCAAAUGGAAACCUUCCUUGUUGUGAACAUCAUAAAGGCAGUAGUAAGGUUAAAAUUACUCCUGUACAAGUUAAUAAUCAUCAUGAUCACCAACAUGUGGGCUCGGAUAAUCUUACAGUCACAAAAUACUCCAUUACAAAUGGAAAAUUGGCAGCCAUUAAGCUUGGUGAUAGUGGGAAAAAGAGUAAAAGGAAGAGCAUAAUUCUAGAUGGAUCAAAAUUUCCCAUGGAUAGCGUAGAAAGUGUCUAUGCAUUAUACUCUAAUGGCGGUACAGAUCCCAUCUUGAUUUAUGUUGACAAAAAUCCUGAUACUCAAAAUUCUGGAUGGUAUAAGAAUGAUGAUAGUAAUGAUACAUGGACGAAAGCUGAUGAACUCAGUGAUGUAACACCUAAUAAUUUCGGUAAACUUGAAUGUAAACAAUGGAAUAGACUUGUAAAGGGACUUCACACUAAUAGUGGCUUGCAAGAAUGUCAAGAACAUCUUAAAAAACAAGAAAAACCCCAAGAAGAAUCUGACUCUACCAAUACAUCUCAUCAAACACAAACUGGUAAUGAUCCAUCUUCUGGAGAUCCUCAACAACAUGUUGCCUCAACUGAUAACCCAUCUAACCUAGUUGUUAGUACUCAAGGUGCUAUUGUUAAUGAGGCUGGAGGUCCUGAAGAAAAAACUGCUACCGUUCCUGAUCAACCUGCUGAAGGUGGACAAGCUGCUAAAAAUGAUCAAUCUGCAGACUCUACUCCCGCUGAAACUACUACUUCUACUGAAUCUGCUACUGAAGCUUUUACUGGAGUUGGUGAAGCUGGUAUUAUUGGUCUAAGCUCAUGGGCUAUCUUUGGAUCUACCUCUGCCACCCUUACCGGAGCUGGUGGUCUUACUGGACUUGGUUGGUGGAUGUUUAAACGUUCUAAAGGAGACCCUUGGGUUAGACACAGAUAUCCUAGAGUGUUUAAAGAAUGUACCAUAUUGAGGAUAGACCUUCCACAACGCAUUUCUCCAUACUGA